AUAUAAAAAAAUGACUGUUCUCUUCUUCCAAAUCUCCUCCCCUGUCUAUUUCCUGCAUCUCUGUCAUGGCCGCGACCUCCGCCGCCACCAGCUCUCCGUCGACCCUCCACGGCAGGUCCCACACCCAAUCCUCUUCCCUCCUCUACCAUUCACACCUUCCUCUCAGCAAGAUUGCCGUCCGGCCACCUUCCGCCCCGCUGGCCACAAGUCCCGAAUCUCCAGCACCCUCGCCCGGGAAUCCUCCCCCGCGCCCGUUCAAAUGGAGGCUGAGCCGACCCGCCUCCUCCGUCCUGAUUCCUUCGGCCGUUUCGGGAAGUUCGGGGGGAAGUACGUCCCCGAGACCCUUAUGCACGCCCUCUCCGAGCUCGAGUCAGCAUUCCAUGCCCUCGCCGUGGAUGAGGAGUUUCAGAAAGAACUGAGUGGCAUUCUGAGGGACUAUGUUGGUAGAGAGAGCCCACUCUACUUUGCAGAGAGGCUCAGCGAGCACUACAGGCGCCCUAAUGGUGAGGGUUCUCUUGUUUACCUCAAGAGGGAGGAUCUCAACCACACAGGGUCCCACAAGAUCAACAAUGCCAUUGGCCAAGCCCUCCUGGCCAAGCGGCUUGGUAAGAAGCGGAUUAUUGCCGAGACUGGAGCAGGGCAACAUGGAGUUGCGACCGCUACUGUCUGUGCUAGGUUCGGGUUGGAAUGCAUUGUUUACAUGGGUGCACAAGAUAUGGAGAGGCAGGCCCUUAAUGUUUUCCGAAUGCGACUCCUUGGAGCUGAGGUUAGACCAGUGCAUUCUGGGACAGCUACUCUGAAGGAUGCUACCUCAGAAGCUAUACGCGACUGGGUGACCAAUGUGGAGUCGACCCACUACAUCCUAGGCUCUGUUGCUGGGCCCCACCCAUACCCCAUGAUGGUCAGGGAGUUCCAUGCAGUGAUUGGGAAGGAAACCCGAAGGCAAGCCCUUGAGAAGUGGGGUGGAAAACCUGACAUCCUGGUUGCCUGUGUGGGUGGUGGGUCUAAUGCUAUGGGACUCUUCCAUGAAUUUGUGGGGGACGAGGAUGUCCGUCUAAUUGGUGUGGAGGCUGCCGGUUUUGGCUUAGAUAGUGGUAAACAUGCCGCUACUCUGUCCAAGGGAGAGGUCGGGGUAUUGCACGGGGCUAUGAGCUAUCUAUUGCAGGAUCAAGAUGGGCAGAUUAUUGAGCCUCAUUCUAUUAGUGCAGGAUUGGAUUAUCCUGGAGUUGGACCUGAGCACAGUUUUCUGAAGGACAUUGGACGGGCUGAGUACCACAGCGUCACCGAUGAGGAAGCAUUGGAAGCUUUUAAGAGGGUAUCGCGACUCGAGGGCAUAAUCCCAGCUCUGGAAACAUCCCAUGCCCUGGCGUAUCUCGAGAAGCUCUGCCCUGACCUGCCCAACGGGACAAAGGUCGUGGUCAACUGCAGCGGGAGAGGGGACAAGGAUGUUCACACAGCCAUCAAGCAUCUGAAGGUUUAGUUUGGUUUGGUUGGAGCAACUGGCAAGCGAUGUUCCUUAGGUGUAAUCAAAUUGUUGUAUAUCUUCUUUCCCCAAACUUCAUUGAGCCCCAUUCGUUCAUUCAGUAUCUCGGGGAAGCCUAUGUUUGUCUAUGGAUCUGGAAACAAAAAAAAUCUUCGCUGUUGGGUCAGUAAUAAAUUGCAGUUUUAGGCCCUAAGUCGGGAAAAUUUCGAUUCUUUAA